AUGGUGUCAAAAAGAAGUGUACCUUCAAGGCACCAUUCUCUCAGCACCUAUGAAGUUCUGUUUGCAGCUCUCGUUGCCAUUUUGAUGGUGAUCUGUGCUGGAUUAAUUGCAGUGUCCUGGCUGUCAAUCAAGGGAUCAGAAAGAGAUGCAGUGUUUGGAAAAAGUCAUGAAGCCAGAGGGACUUUGAAAAUAACAUCGGGAGCCACAUAUAAUCCUAACUUGCAAGACAAAUUCUCAGUGGAUUUCAAAGUUCUUGCUUUUGACCUUCAGGAAAUGAUAGAUGAGAUCUUUCAAUCAAGUAAUCUGAAAAAUGAAUAUAAGAACUCAAGAGUUUUACGAUUUGAAAAUGGCAGCGUUAUAGUCAUAUUUGACCUUUUCUUUGCCCAGUGGGUACCAAAUGAAAAUGUAAAAGAAGAGCUGAUUCAAGGCAUUGAAGCAAAUAAAUCCAGCCAACUGGUCACUUUCCAUAUUGAUUUGAACAGCAUCGAUAUCACAGCACCUUUGGAGAAUCCCUCUACAGCAAGCCCUUCAACAACUUCAGACAAGCCAACAACCAGCACACCCCCUUCUCAGCCUCCCUUUGUCUCAAGAGAGUGCCUGCCUGGUUCAAGGUCUUGUGCUGAUGCUACAAAAUGUAUAGCAAUUGAUUUAUUUUGUGAUGGAGAGCUAAACUGUCCAGAUGGUUCUGAUGAAGACAAUAAAACUUGUGCCACAGCUUGUGAUGGAAGAUUUUUGUUGACCGGGUCUUCGGGGUCCUUUGAGGCUAUCAAUUAUCCAAAGCCUUCUAAAUCAAGUGUCGUUUGCCAGUGGAUUAUACGUGUAAACCAAGGACAGUACAUUAAACUGAGCUUCGAUUCCUUUAAUCUAUAUUAUACAGAUAUAUUAAAUAUUUAUGAAGGCAUAGGUUCAAGCAAGAUUUUAAGAGCUUCUCUCUCAGAAACUAAUCCUGGCAAAAUUAGGAUUUUUUCCAACCAAGCUACUGCCACCUUUUUAAUAGAAUCUGAUGAAAAUGAUUACAACGGCUUUCAUGCAACAUACACUGCAUUUAACAGCAGAGAACUUAAUAAUUAUGAUAAAAUUAAUUGUAAUUUUGAAGACGGCUUUUGUUUCUGGGUCCAGGAUCUAAAUGAUGAUAAUGAAUGGGAAAGGGUUCAGGGAAAUACCUUUCCCCCACUUACUGGACCAGAUUUUGACCACACUUUCGGCAAUGCUUCAGGAUUUUACAUUUCCACCCCAACUGGACCAGGAGGGAGACAAGAAAGAGUACAACUUUCAAGUCUCCCUUUAGACCCCACUUUGGAACCAGUCUGCCUUAGCUUCUGGUACUACAUGUAUGGUGAAAAUGUCUAUAAAUUAAGCAUUAAUAUUAGCAAUGACCAAAACAUGGAGAAGAUAAUUUUCCAAAAAGAAGGAAAUUAUGGAAAAAUUUGGAAUUAUGGACAAGUAACAAUAAAUGAAACAGUGGAAUUUAAGGUUGCUUUUAAUGCUUUUAAAAACCGGCUCCUGAGUGAUAUAGCGCUGGAUGACAUUAGCCUAACAUACGGGACUUGCAACACAAGUCUUCAUCCGGAACCAACUUUGGUCCCAACUCCUCCGCCAGAACGUCCUACGGACUGUGGAGGACCUUUUGAACUGUGGGAACCAAACACAACUUUCACUUCUAUGAAUUUCCCAAACAGCUACCCUAACCAGGCUUUCUGUAUUUGGAAUUUAAAUGCACAAAAAGGAAAAAAUAUACAACUUCAUUUUCAAGAAUUUGACUUAGAAAAUAUUGCAGAUGUCGUUGAAAUCAGAGAUGGUGGUGGAGAUGAUUCCUUGCUCUUAGCUGUGUACACAGGGCCUGGUCCAGUAAAGGACGUGUUCUCAACCUCCAACAGAAUGACUGUGCUUUUUAUCACUAACGAUGUGUUGACAAAAGAGGGAUUUAAAGCCAAUUUCACUACUGGCUAUCACCUGGGGGUUCCAGAGCCCUGCAAAGAAGACAGUUUUCAGUGUAAGAAUGGAGAGUGUGUCCCACUGGUCAAUCUCUGUGACAGUUUUCCACACUGUAAGGACGGCUCAGAUGAAACACACUGUGUGCGUCUUCACAAUGGCACCACAAACAACGAUGGUUUGGUGCAGUUCAGAAUCCAGAGUAUUUGGCAUGUAGCUUGUGCUGAGAACUGGACCUCCCAGAUUUCAAAUGAUGUUUGUCAGCUGCUGGGGCUAGGGAGUGGAAACGCGUCAAUGCCAGUCCCCUCUACUGAAGGUGGACCAUUUGUAACAUUAAACACAGCACCUAAUGGCAGUUUAACAUUAACACCAAGUAAACAGUGUUUACAGGAUUCCCUGAUUCUUUUACAAUGUAAUCGUAAACCAUGUGGAAAAAAACUGGUGGCUUCGAAAGUCAGCCCAAAGAUUGUUGGAGGAAAUAACGCCAAAGAAGGAGCCUGGCCCUGGCUUGCUGCUCUGUAUUAUAAUGGCAAACUGCUCUGUGGUGCUUCUCUCGUCAGCAACAACUGGCUGGUGUCUGCUGCCCACUGCGUGUAUGGGUGA